AGCCACUCUCAGCGUAACCACGUAGGCCUAAGAGAGAAAGGCGAUGUAAAGUUGCUCCCUGGUUAUCCCUGAUUUUCGGUGGGUUUUAGUGUGUCUAGUUAGGUGCGAGUGGGUGCAAACAUUGAACUCGACACGGUGCACAAGUGGAGGCGGCCAGCAGCUCGCGGGGCCGCCUAGAACGCUUGAAAUUCGACUGAGAAAGAGGAGUCCGGUUCUGUGACAAAGUCCGGCGGGUUGGCGUGGCGUUUUGAAGUGAAACGGGCAUCACAGACGGCGAUAAUUCGUUUCCCCUGACGUGCUGCGUGGGUCUUGUGACUGGUAGAAAGAGGUGUGUGCUAAGGAAAAGCAGAAAGAGACUUGUGGACGGUAGUGGUGUGGCGUCGUGGUGGUGGUGCUUGUGAGGGAGUUGGCUGUGAGUGUGUCUGUGAUGGGGGCCAGCCAUCACACACCCUAGCCCCAGCAGCAGCGUCGGCUACCACCCACCGCCCUCUUGGCAGACUUCUAAUCGCCUUUUGCUUAAGGACACAGCGCAAGAGUAUUUUAAGAUAUAAGAACUCACUCCUCGUACUCCUACCUCUUAACUCGACGUUAAGAGAACAUGAACUGCACGCAGAUUUCCUCACCUGAAGGUGUAAUGUAGUGCGUGAUGAACCGUCGUGUGGAUGAUCUGUCUGGACGGGGAGAGGCAGUGUCAGGCAUCGUGAGUGCAGGGGGUGUUGCCGGUGGGUUGACCCAGGGGGGCCAGGGUGUCACUGGUGGCCCUGGGGGGGUGGGUGGGGGCCCUGGGGGAUACGUGCGUGGACCCACCAUCACUCACUUGGGAACCAGACCUGGUCAACCUACAACGCCAGUAGCAACCGCCGGGACCCCUGUGCCUGGAGUAGUGCCUGUGCCAGCCACCACCGCUGGGCAGGGGGUUGGGGGCGCGCCAACCCCCCUCGACCACCAGCCACACAACCCAGCCUCUCAGCCAGUUUUUCCAGGUUAUGCCGGAGCCAAAGUGGAAAUGCACACUGGAGUCCAUCACACAGUCCCAGCAUACUCAGCCAGCCUCCCUGCAGCACCCCAGCCCCAGGGUGAUGGGCUGUCGGGCAUGGUGGAAGGUCGUACAGUGGGUGGCAUUGGUGGGCUGGUGUCCCCAGGUAGUAUAGGACCACCUCCGUCUGUCCUGCAACAUGUAACCACUCAGCCACAGGUGCGCCAUAAGGUUGGAGGGGUAGCCAAUGCAAAUGUUGUGCAUCAGACAGCAGCUGCUGCUGUGGGGGCUGCUGCUGCAGCUGUUGCAGCAGCAGGGGCUGCCACUCAGGGGACAGGCCAAUUCCAAAGAUUGAAAGUAGAAGAUGCUCUCUCCUACUUAGAUCAGGUUAAGCUGAGGUUUGGGAAGCAGCCCCAAGUCUACAAUGAUUUCUUGGAUAUUAUGAAGGAGUUUAAGUCACAGUCUAUCGACACCCCAGGAGUCAUAGCACGCGUGUCUCAGCUGUUCCGGGGUCAUCCAGAACUUAUUGUUGGCUUCAACACCUUCCUCCCACCCGGCUACAAAAUUGAGGUGCAAGGGAAUGAGCAGGUGAAGGUCAGUGUAAGUGUCCCUGGACAACAAACAACUGUGGUUCACACUCCACAAGGUGUUCAUCACCACAUCACCUCCACUCACCAUCCACCACCACCUCCACCGCCUGCUGUCACUGUCAAGCCUCCACAUCAUCCACCACCUCAAAGAUCAUUAUCAGCUGCCGUAACUCAGCAUCCUGGGCCAGGGCUUGUUGGAACUCAUACUGUUCAUAAUGUAACUGGAGGAACCACUGGGCCAGGAAGUGGAGGGAGCAGUGGUGUUGUUACUGGGGGAGGUGGGGGUGGGGGUGGGGGUGGAGGGGCUGGAGGAGGUCCUGGUGGGGGUGGUAGUGGUGUUGGUGCUGGAGCUGGAGGAGGUGCUGCCAGUGUUAGUCAGGUAGCCAAUGUUAGUGGUGGGAACAGCACUCCCUCUGCAGCAAAUACCAGUUGUAGCUCAAAUGCCACUAAUAACACCACAACAGGGACGCCACACUCCACUAACACAGCCCCACAGCACCCAAACCGAGAACCUCAGCCACCACCACCUCCCCCUCAUCAUCACCAUCACCAUCAUCAGGCUCCAGCACAACCUGUGGAAUUCAACCAUGCAAUUAAUUAUGUUAAUAAGAUAAAGUUACGAUUUCAAGGUCAGCCAGAUAUUUACAAACAGUUCCUAGAGAUCCUACACACUUACCAGAAGGAACAACGGCAUAUCAAGGAUGGAGGAUCCAUUCCCACUCGGGCUCUCACAGAAACAGAAGUCUACGAGAAGGUUGCAAAAUUGUUUGAAAAUCAAGAGGACCUGUUACAAGAGUUUAGUCAGUUUUUGCCAGAUGCUACCAACAACUCUGCAACCCAGGCAGCUGUUUCUGAUAUUAUGGAUCAAUAUCGCACUCACCAUGGGAGCAACAAGACUGUCAGUAAUGAUCACACGUCUGUGAAGAAGUCAAACAUAAAAGCCACAUGUGGGCUGGGGCCAGGAAACAAUCUGGUCAGUGGGCCUGGCAAUGCCCCCAACAAAACCUCAAGCAUGUUUGGGCUUCAGCUAAAGCGGCCACACUCAGGGCCCACGCAGACCCACACUCACUCACAUGCUCAGCCUCCUGUAAAGAAGCCAAAGCUUGGAUACCUGAAGGACAUGAGUGCUGCAGAAGCUGGGAAGUAUGCUACCUUGGCAGAGUAUGCUUUCUUUGACAAGGUGCGGAAAGCUCUGCGACACGAAGAAACAUACCACAACUUUUUGAGAUGUAUUACAUUGUACAAUGAAGAAAUUAUUACUCGCUCAGAGCUAGUGCAACUAGUCCACCCAUUCCUUGCCAAGUUCCCAGAUCUCCUCAAGUGGUUUAAGGAGUUUGUGGGAUACAGAGAAGGAUCGAUGGGUUCUUCAGACAUUAUUCCCUCAUCCGUUGCCAAACAGGAAAGAAUAAGUGGUGAUUUAGCCAUGGAAAUAGAUUACACAACAUGCAAGAGGCUAGGAGCCUCCUAUUGUGCUCUCCCCAAGUCAUAUCCUCAACCAAAAUGUUCUGGUCGCACAAGUUUGUGCCGGGAAGUCCUCAAUGACACUUGGGUGUCAUUUCCUUCUUGGUCAGAGGAUUCCACAUUUGUUACUUCUCGGAAAACACAGUAUGAAGAGUAUAUUUAUCGAUGUGAAGAUGAGAGGUUUGAGCUUGAUGUCGUCCUUGAGACAAAUCUAGCCACUAUGAGGGUACUGGAAGGUGUACACAAGAAGCUUCAGAGAAUGAGUCCAGAGGAAGCUGCAAGGUUUAGAUUAGACGACUGCCUAGGAGGCAACUCCCCCACGAUACACCAAAGGGCUAUUCGCAGAAUAUAUGGUGACAAAGCUCCUGAUAUCAUAGAUGGACUAAAGAAGAACCCAGUCGUUGCAGUGCCUUUGGUGUUGAGGAGGCUAAAAGCAAAGGAUGAAGAAUGGAGAGAAGCUCAGAAAGGUUUCAAUAAAAUAUGGAGAGAACAGAAUGAAAAAUACUACCUAAAGUCCUUAGAUCAUCAGGGUAUUACUUUUAAGCAGACUGAUGUCAAAACCAUCCGAUCAAAAAGUUUGCUGAAUGACAUAGAAACAUUAUUUGAUGAGCGUCAUGAGCAAGCAGAAGAAAAUGGGGAAAUCAUCACUGGGCCUCACAUGGUUCUCCAUUAUCCGGACAAAUUUAUUCUAGACGAUGCAGCAAACUUAGUCAUUCAUCACGUCAAAAGACAAACUACAUACCAUAAAGAUGACAAAGGCAAAAUCAAGCAAAUAGUCAGACAUUUCAUUCCUGAUCUCCUCUUCCACACCAGACAGGAGAUGUCUGAUGACGAGAAGGAUAUAGAUGAAGAUGAUGAAGAGGAGGAAGAAGUUAAGAGUGAGGGUAAAAGUGAAGGAGGCAAUCGUCGGGAUCUCAGAGGCCGUGAAUGCAAACAAGUGUCAUCCACGCAAUGUGUCACAACCACCACCUCCACCACCACCACCCCCACCCCCACAAACAACAACACCAAUAAGAGGAAAACCAGAAACAGAGGAAUUGAUCAAGAAAAAGAUGGAGACUUCAAAAACAGUGGAAAUAAUAACAACAAUAAUCAUAGUAAAGCCAAAGAUGAUAUGAAGGGUAAAACUGCCAUUAAUGGUGAUGCAACAGAGGAGGAAAAGAUCAGCAUCAAAACUGAAAUAGAUGAUGAAAAGUUGGAAAUAAAGGAAGAACCUGGUACCACUGGGAAUGGAAGCUUGGAACCAGAUGAUGAAUACCGGCUGUUUAUGUGCAACAACAAUUGGUAUCUUUUCCUUCGAUUACAUCAAAUUCUGUGCUGUAGACUCACCACAAUGUAUGAACAUGCAGUCAGAAUUGCAGCUGAAGAAGCUAAGGAUAAGAAAGACAGGAAGGAAGCAACAGCAGUUGCCUUGCGUCUCAAACCGAAAAAUGAGAUUGCUGUUGAAGACUACUAUCCUGCCAUGCUUGAUAUGAUAAAGAACGUGCUGGAUGGCAACUUGGAAUCAACAGCAUAUGAAGAUACGUUGAGGGAGAUGUUUGGCAUCCACGCCUACACUGGAUUCACCAUGGAUAAGGUUGUAACAGGAGCUGUGAGACAACUCCAACAUUUGGUAUGUGAUGAUCCUCCUGCCCAGUGCACAUCCAUGUUCCUAGCUGAGGCCAAGCGAGGGGGUGCUGGGGGUCCUGUGGCCUCUGCACACCGAAGGUUGGCUGCUGAACAGGCAUAUCAGAAGAGAUCAGAAAGGCUCUUGCAAGAUGAAAACUGCUUCAAAGUUUAUACAUACAAACGGAAUUGCAGGAUGACAAUUGAGUUAAUAGACACUGAGAUUGAAGAAGGAGAAGAGAGUGGAGGGAGUCCAAGUACUGGAGUGAGUCACAGUGGUCCAAUGCCAUCCUCUAAUCAUUCCACCAUUCCACCGGCUGUAACAGAAGUGGAGAGAUGGAGUGAAUAUGUUGAAAAAUAUGUCUCCUCUGUUACACCACAGAUCUCUCCUGCUAUGCAGGCCCAGCUGUCCAGAAAGCCAGUAUUUUUACCAAGAAACCUACGUUCCUGGCGGAAAUUAACAGCAUCUCGGCAAACCAAUCAAGACGUUGAAAAGGGAGGCUGCCCAGAAGAUAUCAAACCACCUGUCUGUCCUGACAUGGAUGCUGUUGACAACACUCAGUGCAAAUUCAACCUGUCUUCAUUCAAGAUGGUCUUCGUAGUCAAUAGUGAUUCAUACAUGUACAAGAAACAAGCACUCAAAAGAGCUAAGCAGAGUCAUGAACAAGUGAGUCAAAGGAUGCGCAGUGGCUUAAUAUCCUGGCACAGUGACUGGUGUGCAAGACAUGUCUCGGAGGCAGACCAGAGAGCUGCCACGGACUGGUUUUUGGGACAUACGGAUGGGUUGCGGCCAAACAGUACUAGAAUAUUGCGCAUUAAUGAUCCCUCCCGACCACCCUUUGCACCCUACAAUAAGUACAAGUGUGAACUUGAGGAGAGUGGUGGGUCCUAACGAGUGGUUUUGGUCUUGCCUCUUGAGUGGGCCAAGUACAUUCCCGCACUGAGAGGGGUGAGAUGUGAAUGUCAGUGAAGAGUUCAACUCCAUCACUGUGAGCUGUGAGUUAAAUCUUGAGGGGAAAGUUUUGUUGGUGUCACCUAGAAGUACAAGAUUGUAGCAAGGAUGGUGGUGUGGACUGUGCAUUGCAGCAGAAAGGCAGAAAGUGUUGUGGGAAGGAGUGCAAGUGAAAAUGGAACAUGUAACUUGUAACUGUAUUCUAGUGUUAAUUCACCUUGUUCCAAGGUUGUGUUCACACCUGAAAAUAACAUAAAAAAAUUCUGCUCAAAGCAGAGUCCAUUUAUGCUGGAAGACUGAUAAUGGCGACUGUAAUACUUACGCUAGUGAUGCAGUUAAUCAUUUGAUGUGCCUCAUGAAUGCCUGUCAGUACAAUGUAGUAUUAAAAGUAAUGCAAGUUACACCAUUGAAGUAUCCCAGUGAUGAGAAGCCAACCCCACACAGGACUGCCCACUCACCAUCCGCAUUGCUGCAGGGUGUCCACAGCACAAACUUGCUACCACAUUUGCAAACAAACACCUCAUAUUGUUUUGCUGCUGGGACCGAGAGCUUGGACUCAAAUGUGCAUAGCCAGUUGUACAAGUGAAUGAUAAUUAUAAUUUAUAACUGUACAGAUGAUCUGAUUAACAUUUUGUUAAUAAAGAUGUUUCCUUGUAAUUAGUCGGAAUGCAGGGGAGAUGGGGGCCUCAGUGGUUGAUUGUUGUAGGCGAAUUUUAAGCCAAAUCUCUUCUGUGACAAAAUGGGGAUUCUUCCCAAAAUUGGUUAUUUAUUACCAGAUAUGUAUAUAUAUAUAUUUAUAUAUACUUAUAUAUAUAGCAUAUAUGAUCAGGGAGAAUACCUAUCAAAGGCAUGUUAUUGCCAUGUUCAUAUUCAUCAGAAUUAAGCCAUGUGAAAACUUAUACAUGAAAUGUGUAAUGUAUUUUAUAAAUAUAUUAAAAUUAUGUAGACACAUCAGCCGGAACAUCAUACACCUCACACAACUGUACAUACACACCAAUAACAUUCUUCUAGGGUACAUCUGGAUGAAUGCACAUACUAACAAAAUGAAAGCCUUCCCUCAACUCAUGGUUUAGCAAAGGCCACCCAAAACCCUCAUCUCCUCGCGAACCAGACAUCUCAGAAACUGCCGCGGCCUAGAUGACACUAUUUAGCUUUAAGAAGUUGUUCCGGCAUGGGUGUGCGUGCUGCCAGACUGAAUAAAAGGAGAGGGAAUCCUUGAUAUGACCACAGGGCAUUACUCAGAUAGGCCUAGCCUAGCUUGUACCUAGAGCACUGAGGAAACGAUGAAUGGUGCUGUGAACACUUCAAGGGUUUUGGGGGGUUUAUGUCUGGCAGCUGAAACAUGGAAAAGGCACUUAAAUAUUUAUUUUUCGUUUCAUUAGAAUUUUUUUAAAGUUUUCGUACAAUUUUUUUUCUCUUGAGUUAAGGCUUCAGAGUUGUAUUUUUAUCUUUCACUGUACAUUUGCUGUAACUUGUUUCUUAGAAUUGAAUGUCUGUUUUCAGUUUUUAUCCCCGGUUCAUACACCACUCAAAAACAUGCCAUUAUAAUUAAAAGUGCCACAAAAUAUUAAGCAACUGUCCAGAGUAUUGUGUAAUAACUGAAAAUAUUUUUUGUAGUACAAGUAGAUGGAUGAGUUGAUGCACACCUAAGUUGGUGACUUCCUUGUAUUUAGAGAAAUUCUUUUCUAUCCCUCUUGUCAAUCACAGAAAGUAUUUGUAAUAGACAUUGAAAACAAUAAAACUUUUUACAUUCUA